UAGACUCUGUAAGUAAUUUCCCUGAGGCCACCGCAGAGGGGAGGGGCAGAAAUGGAGAUGGGAGCAUUAGAGGAUGUAAUGGGCCUGAGCGAGAUGCCCCUCUGUGCUUUUUCUAUUCAAGUCUGAUACAGUGCCUUUUACAUUCUGAACUUGUCUAGCCAGUGUGGCUCUGACAGACUGGGCCGUACGGAGCUGCCCAGUCCCGAAUUCAGCAUAUGCACAGAGGUCUGGUAAACGUGGAGUGCGCUGUGGAUUUCGAGAGACAGUUCAGCGGAUGAGGAGGCGAUACUGUAACAGAAAGGAACUCCAUGCCCCUGGGAAAGCCUCAUCAUUGGUCGAAGUCCAGGAGCAGAGCCCAGAGCAGACGAGAGGAGCAGACUGGACUGGCCAAAGUGAGAAUUUGGAGCUUGUGGACGAGCGAUGGACAGCUGGACUCUCCAGGGGGACAGCUACUCCUUCCUGCGCAGCACACCCCACCGCAACUUUUCCCUGUGCCACCGUGACGGCACCCCCAACCACGUUGAAAUCUUCGACAUCAUCAACGUCCCUAGUCAGCGCAGUGCCAUUUCUGAGACCACCUGCCUGUGUGACAUUUUUGGAGACGAUUGUGAGACACCCUCCCUCUCAAGCAGCCCUGCAGUAGGGGCUUUUGUCCCUUCCCAGAGGGAGGUGGACGGAACAGCUGCUGCAUCACCUCUGGUGGAUGAUCUGAACGACUCGGGCUCCUACCACACUGCGCCGGGCUCCAGUGAAGGAGAGGAGGGCUUCGAAGAUUCAAGAGAAAGGCUUUACAGCCCUCCGUUGCAGAGCGAGUCUUCAGAGAGGAGGCAGCCAGAGGGUGAGGGACUGAGCUUAGGGCAUUCAGAAGUUUCUGAGGACACUAGCCCAAUUUUAGAUCCAAAAAGCAAAUCACCAGUACCUCAGCUUAGUACAGCUAGCCCAUCAUCUGAAGUCGUGAGCACUGGUGAGUGGACCCCCUCUCCUGGACAUAACAGCCCCUUUACCCUCAGCACAGAGGGAAGAGCAUCUUCCUUGUCUUCUUCCUCAGUUGAGAAAAGAUGUUCACCAUUAUCACCUAAUCCGAGAGAGGCUCAUUCAGAAACUGAAACAAGGAGAAGCACUCCCACUGUCAAAGAUAGACUUAAUAGCCCCUUGCAUCAGUCAUUGUCUCAAAGUCCCUCCCCUGAGCCUAGGAACUGUGUCAGCUCAUCCUCCUCUGAAUCAGUGAACACCCAAUCGUUACCUGAGUUCAGGGUCACACAAGUCUCACCUGAGCCAAGAAGCAGCUACUCUAAUCAACACAGCAGUCCCUCACCUGAGCCCACAUCCAAAGAUUUUACAGAAUCAGCUUUUGAAUCUAGAGCCAUCCUUUCAUCUCCUUUACCUUCCUUCAGUGGUACAGAGCUGACAUCCCAGUCAACAGAAACACUGGCCUCUCCUGAGCUGAGGAAUAGGCCCUACUCCCCUUACACUCAAGCGUCAUCUCCUUUUUCUGAGUUAAGAGGGAGGGUCUCCCUGCCUGAUCUCCUCAGCAGAGGCUCCACACCUGAUAUUGAGCAUCACACCCACACGCCUGAGCUGAUUUCUGAACCCUCCGCUGCAGAAAGAGACACCACAACUACUCCUGACAGCCAAGAUACAAGGUUAUCACCUGCCAGUGCCGUGUCUACACCUGCCCCUCGAUACACACCUCCCUCACCUGUUAUUUCAAUUGCAACAUCUCCUGAGCUUGUGGAGAGUAGUAUCUCACCCCAGUUAAGACAGACAGCUCCCUCACCUGGCCUGCUCAGUGCUGCUUCUCCGAUUACAACUGGCGCAAGAACUCCCUCUCCCAGCUCCUCAGAUAAAAUAAGACACAUUUCAACACCUUCUGAGAGCAGGGCCCAGGUUUCUUCACCUGUGGUAAGUUAUAGCUUAUCUCCAUCACCAGGAGUUACAAGCAGCUGCUCUCCCAUAGAGCACAGACAUACUGCUCCGUCACCUGAAAUCAGGAUUACAGCAUCCUCACCUGAGUUCGGUAGGAGAGAGUGUUCUUCUGACGUGGAGACAACAUCAGAGUCUUCUCUCCCAGAGCCUCACUCUGACUCUGCCUCAUCAAGAAGCCUCACUUCGUCCCCUCACAUUACAGGGAUUUCUUAUUGUGUUGUUCAGCCUGAGGACAGGAACACUCCCCCAUUUCCUGAGCUCUCUCGUCUCUCCACCCCAGAGCCUGAUAGGGCACUUGUGUCCCCUGAAGCAAGGAGUCCGACCCCAAGCAGAGACAGUAUACAGAGCAGUAUUGCAGAGUCCACUGGCACACCAAGAGAUUCACCUCACCUAAGCUCUGCCCUGCAGCCUGAAAUCCCUCUGUCGCCCAAACCCAGGUACCAAACACCUUCACCUCAGCUGAAGCAUCACACUCCCUCACCUGAGCCAAGAUAUCAAACCACUUCAUCGGACGAGUAUCAAAGUCCCUCACUUCCGUACAGAAGUAGAGAUCCAUCACCUGCUGCCUCAUCUCCUGAGCAGAGGUAUCAUCAGCAUUCACCGGCAAUCCUGUCCACGGAGUACAACCCUCAGUAUACACAGCCUACUCCUCCUCUGAGAAAUACACCUGAGGUUGAGGCAGAUUCGUCUUCAGUUGAUAUUACAGAAACAAAAAAGAGUGUGUCACCCUCAUUUGAAUCAGACAGGGUAGAAAAAUCAGGUGUAGCUGAAAUCAAAAGCAGUUCACCAGUGGUGACAGUACAGUUACCUGUAUCUAUUUCACCUUUCUUAGCUGAGGAAAAGGUAGAAAGUCCACUGAAACAACAAAGCACAGAGAGAAAAGCAACACCAAAGGAAGCAAACUUUCAGGAUAACUCAAGUUCUGCCUCCUUCCCUAAAGAAAAACAAACUAUCAGCCCCUCCUUUAUUCAGAAAGAGGACACUUAUAACAACGCCCCCAUUGCAAUUAAGUCUCCCUCCCCUAAUCUUCAAGUCUCUAAGGACAGGAGUCCAAAUAUUUCACUUGUCCACAACUCACCUGUGCAGAGACUGGAAAACCCACAGCCACAGUUCACUACAUAUCCCUUAACUUCUGAAAGCAGCAGCUCAUUUAAAUCAGCUUGGACACCUGAGCCUGCGAGAAGACAGCUGUCAACCAAGGUUAGACGUGAAAACAGAGAGACAAUCACAGAGGACAUGGCCCACCAUGUAAACAGAAGGCACACUCCCUCUCCACCACUCACCAGGUUUACACCUGUUCACAUCAUAGCCCCUGAGAAACCAAACAGACCCUGGCAGAGGAGAAGCCGUAGCCCCUCUCAGGUUGAAGCAUCCUCACUGAGUGGAAAUUUAAAGAAAGUUGUGACAAAUAGGGAAAUUCCCAAUGUUGCCUAUGUUGACAAUAAUAGCCAGGCCCACUGGGUCAAGCAAGGAAGGCAAUUGGAGAUGGAGAGGGAAAUGCAUCUGGAGGAGGAUAGAAUAGUAGGUAGGGAGCAACGAAGGGCUAGGGAGAUAGAGAGAGAGAGAAAGAGGGAGGAGCGUGUUCCUGAAAAGGGGAAGGGUUGGCAGGGGGACGCCAGUUACAGAGGGGAACAGGUUGAGCUGUCAUUCAAUGCCAGGAAUAGAAAAGGGCCUGCAAGUCGCAGUACAGCUCCCACAAGCAGAGAGACCCGUCAGGGACUGCCAACAGCGCAUUCCUAUUCAGAGGGCUUGCUUGCCACCAGGCAGCUACAGCAACAACAGAGUCUGCUAAGACUUGCUCCCCAACAAGACACCAGGGGUGGUGGUUCCAGCAGACGGCUUCAUCCUCCUGCACCCCACAACAAGAACAGUGCUCCUGGACGAGCAGCCACAAACAGACCCUGCCAGAGUUCCAGCUCAAGCAUGGGAAGUGAGCUUGAUGAGGCAGACCAUGAGGUGAAGUGGUUCACAGACUUGGCUUUCCGCAGCCUGUCAAGCCCUGAGGUAGAUUACCUUGACAUGUACAACUCCAGCCACCGUUCAUCUACCAACAUCUCUCAACCAUCUACCCAGGAGAGCCCAGCUGGGGUCAGUGCAGCCUGGCCGGCCUAUGCUGACUUCAGGGGUUCUGCUCAAAAGCUGGACAAUGACGAACUCUCCUUCCAGCAACCAUCUGCAUACUACUCAGAUGGCCUAGAUCCAUCAAGGCGCUAUGAGAUGGGCAGCUUUGAGUGUGUAGAUGUGGCUGUGGAAAGAGAGGACUCCAGGAGGGUGAGAAAAGGAGUGCCAAAGAGACAGAUCCAGCUAAAAAGGAAGAGCAAUGCAGAAGGGAAGCAGGAUGAAAGCAGUGAAAAUAGUAGUCCAGGUUUACCAGUGAUGGUGGAAAGCCCCUCUCUAGAGAGUCACUCCAGAGAGACAUUCAUUAGACAACACAGUACACCAGCAGCAAUGCAAGGAUGCUACCCUUCUGAGCGCAGUCCUGAGCCCCAUCAACAAAAUGAAAGAAAAUCAAAACUCCAGAAAUCUGCCUCUCUGGAUGAAACAUGCACUAAAACCAAGAUGGCCACUUGUCUCAUCAAGAGUGUGUUGUCCAAGAAGAUGCAAAGUGUUGAUAAGCAACCUGAUGAGCAGACAGGAGAAGAAGGGAGCCCCGCUGUUGAGGAAAACAGCCCACCAACAGAGAGUUCAUGUGCACCACUUAAAGAAUCCCCAAAACCUGAUGCACAUAUUUUAAGUUCCAGCCUUCAGUCAGAUUAUAGUCUGUCAUCUGACGGUCUCCCUGUGAGGGGAGAACCAAGCACAAAGGAUGAAGCAAAACCACCAAAAAGCUUUGGAGGGAGAUCCAGUAACAGGCCAAGUUCAUCCAGCAGCAGCAGAAGUGUUAACUUUUCACUGACUGAAAGUGAAGACACUGAUUCUCAAAGCAGGAAUGCAACCUCAUCAGGAUCUGAAAUGAGAUCAGAGGUGAAAGCACCAUUUGAUAGUAAACAGUCAAGAAGUGGAGUACGACGAGCAGAUGACAGUAAAACAUGGGACGGAAGGGAGGCUGGUGACUCAGCAAAUGCCACUGCCGGGAACACGGCAGCUCCUUCUGCCACUGGAGCCAGCAACACGCAGGCCAGGGUGACAAACAGAGACCAGGAAUGUGAAAACACAGAGGACCAUAAACAACUGCAACAGGGUGCCAAGGGCGCCAACAUGUCACAGACACAGGAGAUCACGCUCAAAGCUGUGGAGAAAAAGAAAGCCUCCCUAAAUGUUUGUCUCACACCUGAAGCAGAAAACAAACCUGAGGCUUCUUCACCAGAAGUACUGGAGGAAAGGCUAGAGACCAGUGUCGAUGGGAAAACAGAGGAAGACGAAGAAAAUGGAAAUAAUAAAGUGAAGGUCCCCAUUCACAAAGUCAGAGAUGUGAGGCGGCUUGUGAAAAAUACGUAUAAUCUGUCCUUCAAGGCAACUAGUGCUGUAACGCCAUCAAGUGUGGAUGAAGAAAGGAUGGAAACAUUUAAUGAGGAAAGGAGGGAAGAAAUAAAAGAGGAGAGGAGGGAAGACGUCAUAGCAGAGGAGGAGAGGGAGGUAAGGCAAGAGAUAAGGAGGGAGGAGAGGAGGGAGGACAGGGAGGAGGAGUUCAAGGAGGAGAGGGAAGAGGUACAGAAAGAGGGGAUAAAAGCCUCAAAGCUGCUAACCUCAUCUCCACGUCUUCAGAGCAAAGGAAGUCCUCUGUCUCGUCCACAGCCAAUGCAAAUAGAAUACAAGGCUGUUUGCUGGAAAGAAGACAAAAAUAAAACAUCAUGCAGCAAAAAAGAUUCAGAAAACCCAGGUGAAAAACCCCAGGCUUCACCAAAUCUUGUCACAGAGGUAAGCAGAUCCCCCUCAAAUGCAAACACAUUGCAUUACACAACAGGAGACACAACAAUUGCAAAGCCGUGUCAUUGUGAUCUAAAUGUGGCAGCAGAAACACAAGAGACUGUGACAGAAAUGCAUAAAGUACCAGACAAUGAAGACAAACCUGUGGUUGUUAGAACAGACCGAAAACCUCCCAUGCUUGGCAGCCUCCCCAAACUGCCCAGUAAGGAAAGAGAGGUGUCCACUGCUGUCGUUUUAAUAAGGGAUAAAUCCAGCAAGACCAAGACAUCUGCAUCGCCAGCCCAGGAAGAGAUUCCCAUCCCAGUCCAAGCCCCAGCUGCUUCACCUUCACCUGGGCCUACUACCCCUGGUGGCCACUCAGUUUCCAUGUUACUAAAGGAAAAAGGCUACCAAGCUGACAUUGGAGCAGUGGUGGGUGACAACCACAGCGCAGCUGGAAGUAAAGGGGUUCCACAUAAACAUGUGAACUGCCUGGAGAUCCCCCUUCAGACCACCAAUCCUUUAGAUGGAGGUCGCAUCGAGUCUCACAGAGAGAGGACCUUCUCCUCUUCAUCCACCACAUCUGGCCCCUCAGCAAUGUCUGACAACACAGACACCCUGAUAAAGACAAGAGAAGACGAGGGAGUUGGCAGUAAGCCUACAGUAAAAGACACAGCAAAGCAAAAAAGUGCUUCUCCGCUACGAAAUACGCAAGAGCCAACACCACCUCCCACCAAACACAGGGAAAUUGGAGAUUUUGAAGCAGUGAAAAGACUAGAUCCAACUUUCCCCCCAAGGUCCCCUGCAAUAAGGAGAUUCAGACCACAGCCAAUUGAGGUUAAGUCACUGUCUAAAGAAACACAGAAACAAGAGACACCCGCAAACACUAUAGGAAACAACAGACCUCAAACCAUUGAAGUUAAAUCUAUAGCUAAAAAUUCUCAAAAGCCAGUGGUGCCUCCUAAACCAAGCUGCAAAUUUAAACCCUCAGAUUUAGGAGCAACGCCAAAUGAAGUGCAAAGACCAUCAGCAACAACAACAACAACAACUGUGAAACCACAAGGUGAGGAGAGGUCUCAAACAAUUGUAGUGUCCUCACCGACAAUCUAUAGAAAAAUCUCCAAUGAGUCCACAUCAACGUCAAACUAUACAAGAAAACUAGCUGUGUCCGCGGUAUCCAGCCUCAAACCUCCACCUUGCAAAGCACCAGCAACCACCAUCUCCAAUGUCUCAAACCAGUCAACAGCACCAUCAGAGACAGAGACAUCUAAUGACAGAGGUCAGCAACAAAAGCCAGGGGCCUCGCCUCAGAGCUCUAGAUAUACACAAAGACCCACAAGCUUGGCUACAGCUCCAAUAUCAGCCACUGAGCCUGGUUUAACCUCAGCUCCAGGUCCAGUGUCUGACCCAAAAGCAAACCCCGUUCUUGGACCUGACUCAGCUGAAGCCAGCCAGCCAAGCCAGCCAGCUGUUAUGGAUCCAGACCCCCAAUCACAGUAUCCCAGGAUGGCAUACCCUCAUGAACAAGCUAUGCCGGUAGCUUCAAACAACACAAAACAACCUGCAGCUGUUUCCACAACGCAAGUGCCGGGAUACACACACCAGCCAUGCCGCAGAACACUCUCUAAUGAACGUUCCCAACGAACAGAUGACCUACGUUUCUUUGCCUCAGAUGACCCUCCAAGCUAUGAUGAAAGAGAGAGCUUCAGUCCCCUCAUGCUCCCAGAUCUGACACCCAGGAGGUCAAAUCGCUAUCAACCCUCCUCCCGCCCUCCUCCCUGCUCCUGCACAGCUGGCUGCCCUUCCCACCCUGGUCUCACUCCUCCUCACCAUCACCGCAGCCCCCAUAACCUAACCCCUCCUGCCCCUCCGCACUCUCCAGGCCAGGCACUACCUUACCCAGCUGUUCAGCCCCCUCUCCGUCCCUACCAGUGCCGACCUGACCCUCAGCCAAUGAGCUACCAGCCUGGCUCUCCCAAAGCAAGUCCUCUUGGUCCAAGCCAGCCACCAGCCAUGUAUCAGCCUCUCCACCAGCCUCCUCCCUGCCCUCCCCACCCGUCACUCAUGCAGGCCUGCCCUGCUGACCGCCCAUUGCAGCCACCCCAGCAUAUUGACCCUCGACGACCCCCUAUCCACAGAUCCCCCCAACAACAGCCGCCAAGCAUGACUGGGGCUCCUUACAGUGAUCCUGGCCAUAGCCACUCUCCUGGCCUUCCUCCUAUGGAUCCCCAGUACUUAUGUGGCCCUCAAAGCCUGGGACCUUCCUAUGGCUCUGAAUAUGGGGGUGACAGUUCCAGUUUGUACUCAGAGAGCAGCUAUGCACAGACACCUCGCAGAGUGCUCCUGGAUCCUGAGACAGGGAAGUAUUUUUACAUUGAGGUGCCUGUUCAGCCACUAAGGAAAAUGUUGUUUGACCCAGAGACGGGCCAGUAUGUGGAAGUGCUCAUCCCACAGCAAGCAAUGUCACAUUCAGGCCUGUAUCCUCCUUCAGCAGCCCCCUACACACCUAUCCACAAUCCAAACAUGUACGCUCCUGCUCCACAGUACAUGCCCUAUGCGGCUCCUCCUCCCCAAGCCCACCCCCAGGCUCAGCCUCAGCCCCCCCGAUAUCCUGAGGCCUCUGCUGCAGCAACAAUGCACCCAGGUGGGCCUGGGGUCAGCUACAGGAAUCCCUCAGGUCAGGGGUCCAAGCCAGAGCCUCCAAACCAUCCACCACUGGACCAGAGCUACCUGGAGAGUAUGUAUUAUGUCCCUACAGGGAUGAAUGCAAGCCCCAAUCCCACCCCACCAGACUAUUACCACAAACAUCCCCCCAACCUUCCCCCAACAGGGGGGAAAAGGUCCUGAAAUAGAGGACAGAGGCCGCCUUCCUGGAGCCUGUUGGGUUUUAAAUACACAGUGUAUAAAGGGGGUGUCUAAUGUUAGCCUGUAAUGUUAUUCGAGUUUUCACAUUGCAACUGAAGACAGCAAUUCUUUGGUUGUUGUUUAUUUGCUGCUGCUGCUGCUGCUUGUUCUGUGCUGGGCUGCCUUAAUAGCACAAGAUAUAUGAUUCUUGAGUUAAAAGUUUUGAAAACACAAAAGAGUAAGCCUUUUUUAUGAGGUGUUCUUAAGAUAAUUACAUAAAUCUAAAAUGAUCUAUUACAAUUUUUGUCACUUUUGAUACAGGGUAAGAACAUCAUACUGUUAGUUCACCACUAAUGCACAGGUGUUACAAAUCAAUAGGUUUACUGAGUUUCUGAUGUGUGUACUUUGACAACAAAUAUCUCCCAAAAAACUUGAAAAUACUGUUUUCAAAGAACCUCAUAUUUAUUUUAUUAUUGUGUUUCUCUAAUAUUGGAUGAGUGAGUUUGUGCACAUUAUGUCUGCAACAACAAUGCCAAUAAAAAUGUCAUAUAUGAA